GAUCACAAAAAGCAGAGAUUAAAAUAGCAGUUGUAACAGUACUGAAAGAUCUCAGUAAUAUCAAUGAAUAUCAAUUAGCAAUGGAAACAUUCGAAUGUUACUGUAUUUAUCAAAAAUAUGAAUGGGUGGUAAUUGAUGUGUCACAAAAUGAUACCUUAAGAUUACUUUGUCCACAAUAUGAGUUUUUCUUUCAACGACAUUGUGUAUUAGCGCAAUUGUUAGAAGACAAUGGCAAUUUCGAUUAUGUAUUAUUUGUCGAUUCUGAUAUGGGUGUAAUUAAUCCAAAACGACGAAUUGAGGAAUAUAUUAUUGAUGGCAAAGAUAUUAUCUUUUAUAAUCGUAUUUGGAAUUUUGAAGUGAUGGCUGGAAGUUAUUUAGCUAAGAAUACUAAAUUUGUCAUCAAUUUUUUACGAAUGUGGGCAAAUUACAAUUAUCGUUUGCCACAUUCAUUUCAUGGUUCUGAUAAUGCUGCUAUUCAUGUUUGUUAUUUAUUUGUGAAAUAA